GUAUGACCAACAACUUCCUGGUUUAUGACACGUGAAGGAUAACCAAUCAGAAAACACGUACCAUCCAUAUAAAUGUCAACGAUUUUUUGGUAUGUUUACACCGUAAAAACAUACCACACUAUUAUCGUACUGUUCACAGCUAGUUGCACAGAUCAUCAUCGAAAUGGCAGCCGUUAUUCCAAAAGGACAGAAAGUAGAGAUUCCAUCAGACAAUGCGAAAGGCCCCCUUUCUGCUUAUCAUUUUAAUGAUCCUAAAACACACGCAAUAGGCGUGAUCAUUUUACAAGAAUGGUGGGGCGUCAAUAAGCAAAUUCAAGAUGAGGCAGCCGACAUUGCAAGAAGAGGUGAAUUCUCCGCCAUUUGUCCCGAUCUUUACCGUGGUAGCCUAGCAACGAAUAACGAAGAAGCUGGGCAUUUGAUGGAAAAUCUCGAUUGGCCAGGUGCCAUUAAAGACAUUGAAGCUUGUGCUAAAUUUUUGCUCAGUAAGGGAUGUAAGAAAGUGGGCGUCACCGGUUUCUGCAUGGGUGGUGCUUUAAGCAUGGCAGCCGCCGCCCUUAUCCCAGAGGUCAGCGCCGCUGCUCCCUUUUACGGCAUUCCCGAUUCUGGUUUAGCCGAUCCAUCUAAAAUUAAAGUCCCUAUUCAAUGUCAUUUUGGUGACAGAGAUGAACAAACCGGAUUCUCGUGCCCAACUUCACAGGCAAAAUUAAUCGAGAAGCUAAAAGAAGGAAAUGUGGUCUACGAAUUCUACUCCUACAAAGAUGCUGGUCAUGCUUUUACAAACAAAGAUGGUCCAAAUUACAAAGCGGAGUAUUAUGAACAAGGACUUACUAGAAUGUGUGAUUUCUUUAAAAAGCAUUUAUUGUAAAACCACAUGCUUUUAACUCCACCGGACAGGCAAUUGAAAGUCAUUUAAAGUUAUAUUAUAUUAUUAUUAAGUUUUUCUGAAGUGUUUGAUUGUUGAUUUCUAGUUCGUAUCUAUACAUUACUGUAUUUUAAUACAUAAUCAAUCUUUUCUCAUUCCGAAUUAAUGUUUAAAAGGGAAAUGUAAUGCUAACUAAUAAAGGGCUUUAAAUUUGAAUUCCAUUGAGGUUAGGAUGUUCAUAUUGUACUUAUUUAUUUUAUCAGCAUUGUAAAGGUGAUUAAAUACUCAAAUACAUCAAAAACAGUUAUUACUACUAAAGGCUAAAAAAUAAUAAAUAUCUGCAUGGAUGCGUCAAAAAUAAUAAUUUAGAAGCAUCAAACACAAAUUACUCUUUAAGAAGUCACCCAAGCUUUAAUUGAUGACAAAUCAAAUGCAUGCUUUUGAAAACGUGUUUUUCCUAUAUAUGUAAAUCUCUAUUGCGUUUGUUAAUGUCUGUAUUGUAUUAUACAUGUAUAAUAUUAUGUUUUGUAUUAAAAUAGAAAAUCUCAAAUCAAUAAAUUAUGGUUUCUCUACAA